UUUUGGAAAAAGAAGAGAGAGAGAACCAGAGAACCAAAGAAAAGAAAAGCCCCAAAUCAUCGAUAAGACUAGAGAGACUGCCACGCACAGCACUUUCAGUCUCAACGAGAAUGGCAACGGCCUUCUCAUUUGCGCAGACCAUUCUCUUCUCCAAGACCUCACUCUCUAUCCGCACAAAUGGCCUAAGAAGCUUCUCUUUUUGCCUACCUUUCUCUUCUUCAUCAGCUGCAUCUCUUUCGUCUGAUAAGCUUCAAAGCAAGAAAUGGAGACAGCCAGUGGCUUCAGUGCUGGAACUUGGUGGCGUCAAGAUUGCUAAAGAUGAUGUGUUGAGGGAUGACCCCACAAACAAUGUUCCGGAUACCAUUUUUGCAAAGCUUGGAAUGCAACUCCACAGAAGAGAUCAGCACCCAAUUGGGAUUUUGAAGAAUGCUAUAUACGAGUAUUUCGACACCAAUUACUCAAAUCAGUUCGAUAAGUUUGAUAAUCUUUGUCCAAUUGUGUCUGUGAAAGAGAAUUUUGAUGAUGUAUUGGUUCCUGCUGAUCAUGUAAGUCGAAGUUAUAAUGACACAUAUUAUGUGGACGCUCAAACAGUUUUGAGGUGUCAUACAAGUGCACAUCAAGCAGAACUACUGAGAAGAGGACAUACUCAUUUCCUUGUAACAGGAGAUGUUUACCGUAGGGAUUCCAUUGACUCAACUCAUUACCCUGUGUUCCAUCAGAUGGAAGGUGUGCGUGUCUUUUCUCCAUCUGAUUGGGAGGCAUCUGGCACAGAUGGCACAACUUAUGUUGCUGGGGAUUUAAAGAAAUGUCUUGAGGGUUUGGCACGCCACUUAUUUGGUGCUGUGGAGAUGCGCUGGGUUGAUACAUAUUUCCCAUUUACCAACCCAUCAUUUGAACUUGAGAUCUUUUUUCAGGAAAAGUGGUUGGAGGUUUUAGGUUGUGGGGUGACAGAACAAGAAAUAUUAAGGAGAAGUGGCAAAACAGACAAUGUUGCUUGGGCUUUUGGACUCGGGUUGGAACGGCUGGCAAUGGUUUUAUUUGACAUCCCUGAUAUUCGGCUUUUCUGGUCAAAUGAUGAGAGGUUCACCUCCCAGUUUUCAAGUGGCCAGCUGGGAGUCAAAUUCAAGCCAUUUUCAAAGUAUCCUCCUUGUUACAAAGAUGUUAGUUUUUGGAUCAAUGAAGCUUUCACGGAAAACAAUUUAUGUGAAGUUGUUAGAGAAGUUGCUGGAGAUCUUGCUGAAGAGGUGCAAUUGAUAGACAAUUUCACAAACAAGAAAGGAAUGACCAGUCACUGUUAUAGGAUUGCAUAUCGAUCGAUGGAACGCUCACUCACUGAUGAAGAAAUCAAUAAGUUGCAGUGGAAUGUAAGAGAGUUGGUGCAGAGCAAGUUGAACGUCGUGCUAAGAUGAAAGGUCCCACUGCGGCAGCCUAUUUUGGCAGCUCAAACUCUGUAAAUUUUUCAUGUAAUUUAUUGGUGUUGAAUUUUUGCCUACACAACAGAAUUGUUCCUUUUUUUUUUUUCCUUCUAUUUUUUCGUUUGGCUGGGUGUGAA